UGUCAAAAAGCCCUCCUUAUCGUUGGUUGCGAGCCGUCCGCUACUUUCACCGCCGUCCGUCCGCUCUCGUUUCUUCCGUCCUGCAGCAGCGUCCAAUGGCUUCCUCUGUCAAUCGAUGGUUGAGGCCUGAGGUUUAUCCUUUGUUCGCCGCGGUUGGAGUUGCUGUAGGAAUUUGCGGAUUUCAGUUGGUGCGCAAUAUCUGCAUCAACCCUGAAGUCAGGGUUAGCAAGGAAACCAGAACUGCAGGAGUGUUGGAGAACUUUGCAGAAGGAGAGAAAUAUGCUGAGCACACUCUCAGGAAGUUUGUUCGCAACAGGACCCCUGAGAUCAUGCCUUCCAUUAACAAUUUCUUUACCAACCAAAAAUGAAGGCAGCCAAUUUAAUAAGUGAUUUUUACGUCUUGUAGAACUUUUAUUUUGAUCUAUUAUUGUGUUUGUGAUUGUCAUUGACAUUGAUAUCACUCUAUGGGUGUUAAUCAAAACUCAAACUGAACUGUUUUGAUAACAUUACCUAAAUGAGGAUGAUGCACGAAACUGAAUGAAUCAUCGUCAUUUGUUAAUAAAAUAAGAUGGAUACAGAUAUCGCCAUCUCCCUUAUUUUCUUCCCAGAGUA